GUGUUCGCGUUAGGCUUUGAUUUUGUGGCGUCCGCAGGCGGAAGCGGAAGCGGAGUGAUGCGUCGAACGGCUGUGUUUCGGUGAUGAUGGCGGAUAGUAACGAUCAGUAUGAGUCGGUUCUGUGUGUGAAGCCAGAGGUUCAUGUUUACCGGAUCCCGCCCAGAAGCUCCAACCGCGGAUACCGGGCAGCGGACUGGAAGCUGGAGGAGCCGGCGUGGAGCGGACGCAUGAAAAUCACAGCUAAAGGAAAAGUAGCCUUCAUUAAACUGGAGGACAGAAACACAGGCGAGCUGUUCGCGCAGGCUCUGGUGGAUCAGUAUCCGGUCGUGGUGGAAGCCGUCACAGACUCCAGCAGAUACUUCGUCAUCAGGAUUGAAGAUGGAAACGGGCGUCACGCGUUCAUCGGCGUCGGUUUCGCUGAUCGCGGCGAUUCGUUUGAUUUCAACGUGGCGCUACAGGAUCAUUUUAAGUGGGUCAAACAGGAAAGUGAACUGGCCCGACAGGAAGCGGCACAUGUUUCUGCACCGAAGCUUGACUUGGGCUUCAAAGAGGGUCAGACCAUCAAGAUCAACAUCGGGAACAUAAAGAAGAAAGACUCUGGCGGCGCAGCAGGGAAGUCUCGUCCGAUGGGCGGUGCUUUGCUUCCUCCUCCGCCCGGAGUCAAAUCCUCUGCUAUGGUUCCUCCGCCCUCAGUGCAGCAGACCACACCCACUGCUCCGACCGGCUCAGUGGUGAUACUGGACUUCGAAGACUCCGCCCCCGCCCCCGCCGUGGCACCGCCUUCUCAGGACCUGUGGGGUGAUUUCACAGCUGCAGGCUCCGGGUCUGCGCAGGACUCGCGGACGGGAUGGGUGCAGUUCUAGCGCCGCGUGUGCGUUUGUAAAGGGAAGCGAUGACUCACGGACGCUGUUUUCCCGCGGAUGCUUUCUAUGCAAUCACGCGCAGCUGCGCGGCCGAUAUCUGCUGCAUUCCAGCUGGUGUUGAGUUUCAAACACAUUUCUCGUCAGUUAUUCGCACACGUGCGAUGAAUGUCGUCAGUAUCGUCUCUCGUUUACCUUUAAAGCUGAAGCGUGUCACGAUGAUGACUGUUUCCGAACAGGUUUCCUGAACACUCGCCCCAUUGGUCGGCCUAACGACUGGCCCCGCCCCAAACCCACACCAUUGGUGGAGGCAGAAGUUAACAGAAUCCAACACUAUAAUAGAGUUAUAGUGUUUACAGGAAGUUGGUGAAGUGACUUCCUCAUUUGAACACUCAAACGAAAGACACGCUUCAGCUUUAAAGCUCUUCAUUGUGUUGGUUUAGUGGUUUAAUGUCUAAGAAUCAGCUGUCGGUAAGGAUUUCUUUCGUUUCUUUUAACGUUCCUCUUGUUUUAUCUGUGCGUCAUGUGACCUCUCUGACUCAGACUGCUAUUUCCACUCAGAUCAGGAUUUGAAGAGUUUGUUUUAUGUGUUUAUUAGCAGAUGAUUUUUCACACUAUAUAUUUUUAACUAACCCCAGACUUUAUUCGCUUUAUUUUUCCAGGCGAUUACAGAUUUAUUCUUGAUAUUGUCAGUAAUUAAAGUCUGAAUCUUUCCUUCAAGUGCCUUUAUGAAACACCUGUAGAAUGUACAAAUGAUGGUUUAAAUAUAUAUAUAUAUAUAUACACAUUUAUAUAUAUGAAUAAACCUUUUCCUUGAAUACAG